UUAAAGGACAACAUUGAUCUUUUAAAGUGAAUGUGUCUCUGUGCUUUUUAGGUUUCUUCUCAGCUCAGCGCGAUGCAGCUCCAAGCCACUCAAACAUGGAGGAGGAUAUCCUAAGCUCAUCCCAAACUCCUUCGGAAACACCCUGGGUCACUACAAGUCCAAGUAUACCCUCUACUUCUCGAUGCUCACCUGGAGUCCUCAUCUCCUCUCUAUAUGAUAGUGAGUGCUUUAAUUCUACUAGACAACUGGGCAAUGACUGGCACUACAAUUUCCAAGUCCCUUGGAACAUGCUGCCAGCUGUUUUGAGGAAGAAACUGGACUAUCAGGAGCGGCCAACUGCCAGGGAAAGGAGGGAAAUGAUUCGCAUAAUUGUAGGUGAAAUCCUUUCCAUUUGCAAAAAACCAGCAAAGAAGCACCUAAGUGAAGUUGCACGGAAGAUGGUCCUUGCAUAUCCAAAGUCUUUCAAAGACAUAAUAGAAGAUGAAGUCGUUGGAAGUGGCCAUGACUCUUUAACAAAGCAACUUCAGUGCAGAGUUGAUAACUGCAGGCGAAACGUGACGCGGGGCAAGCAGAAGAGCACUCCAGAUAACGGCAGCCCUGUUCCAGAAAACAAGAAGCAACGCAAAGACUCCUAUGGAUGUAUUCAGUGGGAAUCUGGGCCUGUAAAUGUGGAAGCACAGAUGAAGAAGAAAAAAGACAUGCAAAAAAUGUUCCUGGAAAACGAGAGGAAUGCACAAAAAAUAGAACAAUUCAUCUCAGACACCUUCACAUCUCAGAGAUAUGACAUAGGGUCUGGUAAGGACACACAGGCGCUUAAGGAAGAAUGGCCCUACCUAUUCUCACUUGUCGGCAUGAAAGCACACUUCAAGCUUUUAACUGGUAUCUACAUCGAUGAGGGAUUUGAGGAGGCCAUGGCCACCAAAUUUGCCCGGGUUCUUGACUAUUUUCAGUCUCUUCCAUUGGAGAAGUCAAGAGGAGCUGCAAGACAGAGAGAAAUCCAAGCUGGUGGUGGACCCUGUGGAGCGGUGUUGAUGCUGCUUUCAUACUUCAAGGAGGAUCGUGCAAGAAUGUUCCACAUGGUCGACAAAACUUGCAUCACAGAUCAGAUCGAGCACCUACCACCCACACCAUGCAUUGUUGUUUGUGGAGCGAGUCCAAUGUCUGCAGCAGCUUUCAUGGUGGCAGUGGACCAGGAAGUGAUAAUAGAAAACUUGGCAAGCUUCACUGAUGCAUUGGUCGGCAUGUUCAUCUGUUACUACAUCUUCAACAUUCACUACCCAACGGAGCUCGGGGCCACAAUGGAGUUUCUCCAAAGGUGCAUCUUCAAGAUCAAUCCCGACCGGGGCUCCAAAGUAGAGCGCCAGGAAAAGAAGAAGAGCAAUGCAGUGAACCCGAAAGUCCUGACCCUUAUCACCCGCAUUUCAGAGUUUGAGUGGAGUGCUUAAUGGAUCCAGAACUCAAGAGCCCCAGGACACUACCAUCAUGUUACCCAAAGUUUCUGAAUUUCAGUUCAUACUGUAUGUCAUAUGUAUUAUAUAUAAAGUUAUAUAUUAGAAUUCCAAUUUUUGUAUUGGAUUGUAGAAUUCUAUGUUAACACAGUAAACAAGACAUUAUCUGUUUUCAAAAUGUUAACACAGCACUUUUGAUACUGGCCAAAUGCAUUUGUAAUAAUGAUUAAAAUGUGCUAUAAAUAUUUA